AUAUAAAUAAUUAACAUAAUUUUAGAUUUUAUGAAUUAUAUCUUACGUUCCGCUUCUUAAGAAAAACCAUUGGAGGAGAAACGAUUCAAGAGAAAAUCGAUUGUAUUGUAUAGGAGUAUGUAAUAUGCAGUCGCUAUAGUAACAAUUGCCAAACAAUGCUACCUCGUGCAUUGUUGUGUCCUGUGUAAUGAUAUUCUUGCAACAGGCAUUAUCUAAUAAUGCAUACAUUAAAAUUAAUAAUGAUAGGGCCAGUCGAGAGUGGAAAGACUACGAUAGCGAACUUCUUAGCAGAUGCUACGGAAAUUCCGUACGAUUAUCAUCCAACUCAAGGCGUUCGAAUAUUAGAGUUUGAAGUAAAUGAUAUUGAAGUGAGCAACAAACGCGUUACAACAGACAUUGAGCUGUGGGACUGUAGUGGAAAUUACAAAUUCAGACAUUGCUGGCCAGCUAUGCGUAAAGGUGUACAUGGUGUGAUACUCGUAUAUAGUGCAAAAACACGAGAUUCAUCAAAAGAGUUGAGAGAAUUAUACGAUUAUUUCGUCGAUGAAACCAAAUUAGGGCCAAAUAGUUGUGUGAUAUUUUAUUUUGAUCCUGAUAAUACUACAUCGAAUAUCUCUAAAAUUAUUUCAUCUAGCUUUUCUCAUAUCUCUCAUGUUAAAUGUAAUGUGGAUGACGGAGGCGACAAACUGAAAGCGGAUUUUCGAUUGUUUCUAAAUGCCCUGAUGACAAAACUGCAAGACGGCAAAGAAGACAAAUUGAUAAAUUUUCGCAUUACGCGUCGCAGUUAAAUUACUGCACAGCUAUAGUAGAAUUGCGUGUGUAGAAAAUUUUAUUAGAAAAAUUUACUUUUCUAC